GAUGACGUAUCCGCGAAGAUGGUGAAUCGAUCCUAAACGAUUCCUUGAAAAAUCGUAAUAACUUUUCCGAGUUUGUAUUUUCCACGAAAGCAUUGUGAAAUUACUCAUACAGCUUAGUCGUGCAGGAAUUGACAGAGACAUUACUACUGUUCUUUAUGGCUUUUUGACAGUUACUGUAAAAAUGUCUCGACAGGAUAUUUUACAUUUCUUAUGUUUAAUGUUUCUUGCGAACAGUUGUGUGGAUUAUAGUUCAUGUGCUUAUUAUAAACAGGAGGAAUAUUCUUUGGACUCCGAAAAAUUCUGUCACUUGCUUCGCAAAACAACGACUACAGAAAUUAAAGACUCGGCGAUAAUAGUAACAUCGAAACACAUGUUCAAUCCGUGGACCGAAGGUCGCAAAAAUAUUCAUUGUAAAUUCAUCAUUAAAACAGCUAAAGGAGAUGGCUUGUUUGGAGUCAUUCAGAAAAUGUCUUUUAGGCGAAAUGGAACACAGUGUUUAGACUAUGUACAGUUUAUGAGGAAAGAUCAUCACAAGACAGAAAAAUUUUGUGGCUUCCUUGAUCGCAGUAAAGUAAAAUAUUAUGUAGUUCCUGAACCUGAAAACAGUAUGUAUUCAUCGGAACCACCCCCAUCAGCAAGAACUUAUGCAGAAUUUGAUCCGAGUGGUUAUAAGUCAGGAGCUGAAUUAGAAACAGAAAUAUUUGUUUCGAAUGAAAAGUUACAAGAGGGAGAGAGUCUGAGUCUUAGUAUUGCUUACACACCUUUCAAAAAUUGUAGCAAGGUGGAUUUAAGAGAAUAUACACCAAUAUUUCGUGGUGGCUGUUUGUUAAAUGAAUAUUUCUGUGAUGGAAUUUAUAACUGUGUGCCAGGUGUUUGUUUACUUCGGGCAGAUGAAGAUAAUUGUCCAAAUAAUCCCAAUGAAAUUAUGAGCACAGGCACUGGCACAAAAGUCACAAUAGGUGCUGUAACUACAGUGAUCUUAUGUUUCAUCAUAUUUGUUAUGUGUCUGUGGAUUUGUAAGAGGUCACAGAAAUUAUACUGGUCUGUGGAUUAUGCUGAUCCAAAUGCAGCAAGGGUUCCUGGUCAAAAUGGAGCAACAUUACCGCACGAAGCCGAAAGAACUGCAAAUCCCACAGUUCCCACAGCACCUAUAUUAGAAGUUGCUGUACCUUCUUCCGUUAAUAACAAAGAUCUGCCACCUAGUUAUGAUUCAUUAUUUCCAGAACAAAGUAACCCCGUUAGAUCGUAAUUAUCAAGAUAAGUUACUGUAGUAACUUACAGAUAUUGACAGCACUUUAUCUAAUGUUUUAAUUAGAUAUUGCUGUACGCGAUGCAGUUUUCAGAUAUAUGGUAUGAGUGAGUGCCUUUCUGAAUGAACGAGAUAUAGUUAGACAGUCAAGAACUCAAAAAAGACAACUAAUUGUUUUUUACAUUCUUUUUUUCGUAUUUGAUAACGAUCUUUUGGAUAUCGUAUACAAUACUAUUUGUAAUACUAAACAUUUUUAUAUACUGCUUAAUCAUUUUUAAAGAUACAUACGAUUUGAUAAAAUUAUAUUAAAAUAUAAGUGAGAAUGAAGUCUCUUAUAUAUAAUAAGUAUAAAGCAACGCUUAAAAAUGAAAUUAAUUAACGAUUCAGUGUCAAAACUUUAUCAUAGGACAAUGUUUUGUUUAUAGUUUAUAAGCCUUUUUUUUUAAUAUUCAAAAAAUACAGUAUUUAAUGAGUUUAAUGUUUAUACGAGAUUGUUUUUAUUUUUUGUUAAUUGAUCGCGACUCUUUAGAAAAAGUAUUGCAAUUAGAGUAUCGUAUAGUACUGGUACUCUAUAUUGACAAGUCAAUGAUAUAUGUACAUAUAGCAUAUUUAUACCGAAUUUUAUAAGCGCAUAAGAUACAAUAUACAAUACUACGGAUAUGUGAAUAUUUGGAAAAUUUAUUUGUUACAAAUGUAUACAUGCUGAUACUAUAAACAAUACUUUUCUUGUAAUAAAAUUAUUAAAAAUUAUCAUAGUA